UUUAUUUAUUUCAAAAUGUCAAUGAAAAAUUCUUACUGAUUUCGCGUUCCGUUUCUGUGUUCAGUGUGCCUUCAGGCGUUAGCCGACAUGGAGCUUUCUAACAUCAGUCUCGAGGAGUAUAAAACAAACCAACGCACCUUGAAAAAGAUCAAGAGCAUAGAUAAAAUAUUUAAGACCUAUUUGCCUAAAACAUCGGACAGGAAAUCUAAAAAAUUGCCCAUGUCUAUACUAAAAAACACCGAAAAUAGUAAAAUCCAAAAUUACUAUCAUGAUCCCAAUGAAACAGAACCCUAUAGUAACGUGCCUAACUUGGAAAACAUCGAACCCAAAUCACAAACUCGGUUGUUCGGUAGUAAACUUAACACCGCAUCCACGAUAACCUUAAAGAACGAACCCCAAAUAGAUGUUACUAACAUAUCGAAAGCUAUACGACAACCAACCGACUUGGAAAUUUCUCAUGCCCGCAUUUCUUCCGGGGAAAUGGGUAAGAGAAGUAUGAAUUCAUUAUCCUCCGAAUGCUCGGCAAACGGUGCUCCGGUCAGUGGUAACCCGAUGAACUGUGUGACCUUCGCCGAACCGGAAAUACGAAACAAUUCUUUCUUCGACCAGGAAUCGACCUACUCCAACAACACAUGUGGCUACGAGUUUAUUUCUCCAUCUGAGACGUAUUCAAACCAAUCCUAUCUGGAUGUUGAUGAGAACUUUUGUUGCUGCUGCCAAGGUGCUAUGCAACCAGAGCAGGGCUUAGAGCAGCCUGUUAAAAUAGGUGGCCGAACAUUUUCAACCUCCAAUUUCCUUGGGCAGCGAGAAAUCGCCACAGAUGAGGACCAAUAUUUAUCAAAUUCCAAUGAAGACAUCGAUAGGGGUAACGAGGAUGAAGAGGUCUCUGGGGCUGACGAAGACUCCGAUGGUUCUAGGCAACGAACUGUACAAAACCAGGAUUCAAAGGAUCGCGGAUUCCAAAUGCCAGAUCCAGAAAUCCGCAAUAGUACUACGGAGAGAGUGGCCAACUUCAGAGGUCCUGUGGCUGGCAGCGCGAGUUCCUCUUUUUCUGGCUCGGCUAGCAGUGGUUCCAUCGGAAUGAGACCUCUAAGCUCCCUUAUUUAUGGUGGCCCGCCUCCGCCGGAGGAAUCGAAUUGUCUGGAUAUCGACGCAUUCCUGAGAACCCAACACCGACUGCCACCACGGAGAGAGAUCCAAAACUACCGCAACUUCAACGAUACGCUGCAGGGCCAAUCUGUUUAUAUGACCGAUUACAAGCCCAUUGUACCCAGGGGCGGUCGGUUUAACCAGUUUCCGGAACCGGCAUGCGGAGGACGCAGUUUCCAGGACAUGCCAAUGUGCGGUGGAUUUGAAGCAAGCUACCCGGUUCCCACUGUACCGCUUUAUAUCGAUCCCUUCCUCCCGAAUAUGCCUCAGGGAGGCGGAUUCGAAGCCAGAUAUCCCGCUCCCACUGAACCGAUUUUUUUCGGUCCUCUUCCCCAGGCUAUACCUCCAGGAGGGGUAUUUGACGACGGCUGUCCCUUAUGCCCUAACACAUAUUUCUGUCCCUGUCCCUGCGUUGGUCAAUACCGACCUGGAGAUAGCUGUCCUCCACCCGAUGUCACUGCAUUUUGCUAUUCAACUGGCUACUCCACUAGAAUGUAUGGAAUGGGGGGCAGCUGCAUGGAACCACAAGGACCUGGAUACGGCUGCCCUUUUCCAGGCGGUCCCCUGUGGAUGGACCCGCAGCCACCCAUAUGGGGUCCUUGAGGUUUACUUUGACGGACAGAAGCGGGGUAAGGCAGAAGCCCGCGAUCGAUAUGAAGUGAGAUCCUCAUGAAAAUACAGAUACAGCAAUACACCAAAAAACACAAAUUCCGGAAAUGCGAACGAAGCUGGAUGAGAGCUUUUUUAAAAUGUAAAUUAAUUUAAAAACUGAAGGAAUUGGCAAAUAAAAACGCUGGACACCGAGCAAGA